AUGGGCGCCGAACCAGCUCACGAACUCGGCAACAUGGCCUCGGCCAAGGCCAUGGCCUCCUCCCCAGUUGCAGAUGAAGUUUCAGACAGCGACUACGCCGACAAUCAGCAAUUGGCGCGCCUGGGCAAGAAACCCGUCCUCAAGCGCAACUUUGGCUUCAUGUCCAUUCUGGGCUUCAGCUGCACCAUCCUCAUCACAUGGGAGGCAACGCUCGUCCUGUCAACGCCCGGACUCGCCAACGGCGGCUCAGCGGGUGUCAUCUACGGCUACAUCAUCGUCUGGCUCGGCAACAUCUCCGUCUUCACCACGCUCUCCGAACUUGUGUCCAUGGCACCCACCUCCGGCGGCCAGUACCACUGGGCGGCCAUGCUGGCGCCGCGCUCGUGCGCCAAGUUCAUCAGCUACAUUACCGGAUGGCUCACCGUCGGCGGUUGGCAGGGCUCCGUAGCCUCGAGCGGCUUCUUGACGGGAAACAUGCUCAAGGGCAUGAUCACCAUGACGGCAACUUACUACGAGUACGAGCCCAAGGCGUGGCACGGCACCCUCCUCUACUGGGCGGUCAUUUUCUUCGCCGUCUUUAUCAACACGAUUGUUUCGUCGGCGCUGCCCAAGUUUGAGGGCCUGAUUCUGAUUCUCCAUGUUUUGGGAUUCUUCGCCAUCUUGAUUCCUCUCAUCGUCCUGUCUCCCCACGGGGAUGCGUCCACCAUUUUUACCAGUUUCCAGAACACGGGCAACUGGCCGACGCAGGGGCUGUCCUUCAUGGUCGGCAUGAUUGGCAAUGUCUUUGCCUUUGUUGGUACGGAUGCCGCGUUCCACAUGGCCGAGGAGACGCACAACCCGUCCAUCGUGGUCCCCAAGUCCAUCCUCAUCAGCAUGCUCAUCAACGGAACGACGGGUUUCGCCAUGACGCUCGCUGUGCUGUUCUGCAUGGGUGAGGAUCUCGAUUCGCUUUUAGGGUCUGUAACUGGCUUCCCGCACAUGCAGAUCUUCCUCAACUCGACCAAGAGCAUCUCCGGCGCAACCACCAUGGCGGCCAUCAUCACCGCCCUCGGUAUCUGCGCAACUGUCGGCAUGCUGGCGUCCACAUCGCGAGUAUUCUGGUCAUUCGCCCGUGACCGCGGUCUUCCCUUCUGGCGCACCAUGUCCAAAGUCGACGCCCGCACCACGGUGCCUCUCUACGCCAUUGCCGUCACGACCGUCAUUUCCUGCCUCCUCGCCCUCAUCCAGCUCGGCUCCGUCACCGCCUUCAACAGCAUCGUCUCCAUCUCCGUCUCUGGCCUGUACUCGUCCUACCUCAUUGUCGCUGUUCUCCUCCUCUACCGCCGCUGCACCUCUGGUUUCAAGAUGCCCGACCCUUCAGAGCUGCCUGCUCUCGCCAACACCUCUGGCACCGAGCUUGUUUGGGGACCUUGGCACGUACCCGGCGCUCUGGGUAUCGCCAACAACGUCUUUACUUGCAUAUACCUGGUUGUGAUUUGGUUCUUUAGCUUUUGGCCUCCUGCUCUGCCCGUCACUCCCGACAACAUGAACUACGCGCCCCUCAUGACAGGUGCCAUGGUCUUGUUCAGUAUUGUCUACUACUUUGCGUAUGCCAACAAGGAGUACGAGGGACCCAUCGUCGAGGUUGAGAUUUAA